ACAGGUAGCGGAAAAUGUUUGAUACCUGUCCGAGGUCGGCGUCCACCGAUGAGGGCUGGAAUCUCCUCGCCCCGGGGCCACGCUCACUCCUACGAGAUGCACUGCUUGGACAACAUGGAGCAACACUUCCAGGAUGCCAUCGACGUUAUCCAGCGGCAUUCCUCUCAUCGCCACUACGACUCAGAGUACGCGUACUACGACACUCAGCAGUGUCAGAUGUCUUACUGCCUGGUCGGCCCUCACCCCGACGUGCCGGCGACCCCCGGUGGCGACUGGCACGACUCCGGGGCGCAGACUUGGUCGCAGGUGUUGCCCGAAGUACCGCCGAUGCAAAGCGAACCCGCCGCCGACUUGUACUCGUCCCAACGGCCGGCGCAGAGGAACGGCCGAGGUCGCAAGAAGCUGCGCCUGUACGAGUACCUCCACGAGGCCCUCCACGACCCCGACAUGGGCGACUCCAUCCAGUGGAGUGACGGCGCAAGCGGCACCUUCCACUUUGUGUCGAAGAACAAGGAGCGUUUGGCCGAGUGCUGGGGCCAGCGUAAGGGCAACCGCAAGACCAUGACCUACCAGAAGAUGGCCAGGGCGCUGCGCAACUACAGGCACACGGGCGAGAUCGUUAAGGUGCGGCGCAAGCUCACCUACCAGUUCAACCCCGAGGUCUUGCGCAGGUUGGGCUCAGGACGGGCGCCCGGCGUUACUUUGCCUAGCCCGGUGGCCGCACAGAGCUACUGCGGCCCGUCGCCACCCGACUGGCAGAGUUGGUACGCCGCGCAGAGCCUGGCGCAGGAGUUGGAGCACGUGGGCGCUUUCGAUGCGCUUUGUUGAAAUACUUCAGACUCUACCUGCAAAUUUAAGCGGACACCAUGACCAAGUUUGUCAAAUUGAUGUUCCCCUCAUCAAAAUCAACCCAUAAAACUCUAUGAUGUUGUUUUCACCUUUGUUUAAAAAAGAAAACCACGAUUAAAAAAAAAAAAAAAGGUUAAGGCUCAGAUGGCUAAUUUAAUCAAACGUGCCAAUUUUGUCUUAACAUAAGAGCGCAUGACAAUAUAAGAAAAAAAAUCACGUGUUUUCAUUUUGUAUUUGACUGUUUGUCCUUUUCAAUAAACGUCCCAUCAACGA